AUGCAAUCGAAGCGCAAAAGCCGCAUCACACACCAGGCCGUCUUCCGCCAGCUCAUUGAUUGCGAAAGAAUUCACACGGCCCACGGAAAGAACCCCAUCUCCAGGGUAGUAUUGACCAUCCCUACCGAGCGGUUGAAGUCGGUGUCGCCUGAACUGCUCUUCCUUCGUUUCUACGCUGUUCUCGCCUCGUUUGUCUGUGCUAUUUCUGCGUCAGGUCACGAUGUUAUUCGACAAGUCGCCCAGUUCGCGGGGCGAGCCAUGGACUUGCUCUUGACGACAAACGGCCGCUCACUCAUGGUUGUUUCUCAGGCGCAGGCGCGGAUCCAGAACGUCGUGGCGCUUGACGAUGCCUAUGGAUCCCAAACUCAAAUGGACGAAAAGCCUAACGAAAUGCCAAUUUCGCCUCAUGAAUCUGACGACGCCCAUUUUUGUGACGACAUGAAUUUGAUUUCUCAUUUCAUUCGGCACUUGAGGCUCAUAUCGCCUCAAAUGUCUCCUUGUUACGUGACGACUGGUCGGUGUCUCAACAUCGAAGCCCAGCUAAGCGUCCAGAGCAGGCCGCUAAAUACGUGUGACAACCCUCGUCGAAGCAGUGGCCAACGCGUUGCCGCCGACCGCCAACUUUACACUUCGUCACCGCUUUCCAACACGCCUUUUUCAGCUGCAGAUGUAGUGGGCCCCCAAACUCCUACGCUCUGGUCUACAUCCUCUUCCUUUCUGCUGUCAAUUAUCAUGCAGAUGCAAAUCGAGAACGACAGGACGGGGACAAUGCCCAAGAACGCCCAAAGCUUUGGCAGACGAUCGAACAUCGAAGACUUGUCACCUUCAGUUAAAGAGGGCUGGUGGCUGGCACGCUCUCGCUCUGCCCACAAAGCUAUCGACUUCUCCAUAAGGCAAGGUGAGGUAGAUAAUCCCAUGUCAACCAACUACUUUAUCGUGGCGGCGGCGGGCCUACUGGAUGGCGUCAUCCGAUGGAGGGUGCAUGCAUCAUGCCGCAUGCAGGUAUCCGUGUCAAACGCCUUCUGCAACUCGGUGUCGCCUUGCGGACGGCAACGGACCGAGCGGGCAGCCUGCCUCGAGGUGGCACAGCAUGAGAGACUCCCGAGUUCCGAAGGUAUUUGCUACCAUGUGGCUACCACACGGAAACCGCAUGGCAAGAUCAAGGCAACAGAACUAUGGAUAGGCAUCAGGCAGAUCGUUCCCGCUCGAGACAACACCUUUGAUGGCCCAGCACAAGAUGGCAGUCGGGCAAAUAUCUUGGGGCGGGCCCACACGAUCGGAGUCGGGACGCCCGGAGUGUACCGUGUGGGGAACCCACGGGAUCCGAUCUGGGCUAUCUACGGAGUGAUGAGGCUCAUAUUGAAGCCGGAUCUCGUUGCCUAG